AUGAACUGUUACCGCUAUGAAGCAGUAUUAGACUGUAGAGGGGAUGGAAGACAUUUCUCUGGGGUUAUUCCAGAAGAGGCUGAUAAAUCAACUUGUAUAGAACAAGGACAAGAAAGAGAGUCAGAUAAGACCAGGAAAAUAUUGAAUAGGCUACAACUCCACUACAGCAAAGAGUUGAGUCAACGCCAUGGCAUCAAAUUUUAUGAAAACUGUUUAUGGGAAAUAAUUGAUCCUCACAGUGAUAUACCUGUAGGCCAGCUUCACUGGAUGUACCUUGGGCUCGGUAAAUUUAUCUUAAAGAAGAGUUUUGACAUUAGUGAUCAUCUAAAAGAAAAGUUGUUGUGCAUCAUAGAUGCUAUGGACCAGUCGUCAUUCAAGUCUAAAAUAUCUUCUGAAAUAGUCACAUACAUAGAUUCACGACAGGGAAAAGACAUAAAGAAUUACUUACAGAUUGCACCCUUCCAUUUUGCAAUAUUAGGACUACCUAUUGAAAGAGUAAAAAUAGUCAGUAAACUUGCAGAGUUAAGUAAGAUAUUCAGUAUGGGCACAUCAUUUGGUGAAGAUUACAUGCAGAUUGUGGAAGGGAAGAUACACAAACUAUUAAAAGACAUUAAGAAUGUGUAUCCAGUGCUGCUUGGCAAAGUCAAAACCCAUCUAUCUACCCAUAUAGUUGAUGAUAUAAAAAACCAUGGACCACCAUCUGCAUAUAUUGAGGACCAGUUUGAAAAGAAUCAUGGUCGAAUCAGAAGUCAGCUCUUCAUUCAGAACCAACAUGCUAUAAGCAGGGAUAGUGCUUGUGCAUUUGCUGAAAUGGAGAUAAUGAACCAUAUUUUGACUGGUGGUUUCUUUAAAGAAGGAAAUAAGUGGAUACAGGCAUUCCUGAAUGUUCAGGAGUUGUUUAGAGAAAGUAAGGUGCUAAAGUUUUUAGGAGGUGUAAGUGAAGUAGAAGAUGAUAUAAAUGAGAAAAAUCAACUUAGAAAGGCUGACAGAAGCAAGAGCUGCAAGCCAGUGCGUACCUCAUUCAGUGAUGAUGAUGAAUUACAGGCAAUUCAAUCAUCUUUUCCUGAUUUUCCAGACCUGCAUAAUUGUCAACAAAUUUUGUAUAAAGCAGUUGUGACAAAAGUAACCAGGGAGAUGGCAAAUGAAAAUGCCCCUGUGUUAUUCAUAAACAACAAUGGUGAAGAGCAAGUAGGCUUGUUCAAGUAUGCCUUAAAGGUCAUAACAACAUUAGGCCAGCAAAUAGAAGUGGUGAAGAUCCAAAAGACAGAAAAAGACACUACUGGUGCUGGUUUGAUUGGUGUUCCAUGUGAAGUAGUGUGUGCAUGUCCAUGUUUUGUUUAUGUUCCAUCAGCGUCUGUAUUACAAACAAUUUGUCUUGUUCAUGCUUGUGAUAGAAGUUCCUGUAGAAUGAAAGAUAGUGUCGUUAAUGUACGUGUAGAGCAAGAAUUAAAACAAGUUACAAAGAAAGUGUGGGCACAUUCCAAUCAGCUUAUUUUUUAUAUGAACAGAUUUAGCUUUGUUCAUAAGAAGCAAAAAUAUUUUGCUUGAAUUCUAUAGUAUAUGAGUUUAUGUCAAUUGUUAUGAUUAAUAACCAACCAGUUUUACUGACCUCUGGCUCAUUCAUAUUGUUCUUGUUCUUAUCCUUCAAUAUUGAAAUCAAUUAAACUGAGAAAAAAACAAUAUCAGUUAUGCUACUCUUUUGAAAGAUACCUUGUUCUUCAUGCCCAUUUGUCUGUUAUUUUUAUUUUUUAUCUUAACUUGAAACAUCUCUUCUUUAUGAGAUUUAAAAAAUUGAAAGAUUCAGCAGAUACAAUAUAAAAACAAAAAGAAGUGGUAUGAUUGUCAGUGUUGAUGUAAACAAUUAUAGGUAGCUGGGGCCAAGAAAUUAUCCAUGUUUAAAAUUCAAACAAGAAAAACAAAGCGCUGACUUAUAUAAAAACAAUAAAAGAAAAACAAUUAUGAAAAGACAACUGAAUUACACAGGUUCUGACUUGAAACUUGCAAAUAUUUUAUUUGGCAGGGUUAAACAUUGAUUUUUGAAAUUUAGUCCAUGAUGAAUAAUGACGCUAAUUUUGCAGUUGAUCAUAUAUUUAUAUACUUAUCUUGAGGCAAUUUGUAUUUUGAAAUCUUUUGAAAUCCAAAUUUCAUAAUGUUCAAGCAAUUUGCCCAAACCUUAAAUAUGUUAAAUAUAUAUUGUAAUCAGGCAAUUCAGUUUUAAAGUUACCCAGUUUGUUACCCAGCCUUAUACAUCUCAUCUCAGAAUCCAUGAUUUACAGUAUUCUGAAAGAAUUUUGUUUUUAUGAACAAUACCAUGAAAACAUACUUGUAAAAGAAAAUUUAAUGAUUAUUUGUCAGAGGCAGAGGAUGUCAAGGGACACAUUUAAGCAGUUUGAUGAAUUUUCAUCGUUUUUUUUUUUUUAUCUUUUGUGCUGUGGUUAUAUAUUUCACUAGAUGAUUGGUAUUUAACUGAGCAUUUUUUAAUUAUGUUUUCAGCACAGUGAUCUGUUAAAUGUGUAUAUGUUUAAAUUUAAACGAGUAAAAUAAUGAUGUAAAAUGAAGAUGUUUAUUAGAUUUUGACAGAAUUAUAACUAUUUACCAAUAUUUGUGACAAAAAAUACACAAUACUGUCACCUUUGUAAAUUGUUUCAAACAAUAUUUUUAGAUAUUCAGUUAUAUGUGUAACUCAGCAUGUUUAAUUGUUUUAAAGGAAUAUUUGUGACAAAAACCAAACUUUUCUGUCAUAUGUGUACAUGUUUAAAUGAGAAGGUUCACGAAUGGCUAAAAUUGGCUCUAAAUUAUUUGAUGAUUUUUUAAUCAGGCCAAAAAUUUACAAAUUUCACAUAGGCAUAGUCGCAUUAUUACUGUUAACACAAAAUAACUUCAUUUUGGUAGAUCAUAUUAAAAAUGUCGAAGUAUUGACUCCUUAUAAAGUAUGCACUAUUUGUGUUGUAAUGUCAGUUUUGGUCAAAUUUUCAAUAAUUCUGAACAGUUUUUUGCAUAAUUGACUUUGGCCACCACCCAGGAUCCAGUAAGAGAUUUAUUUCUAGGGAUUCAAUUUCAUCAUUGGUAACUUUUGAUUACAGCACAUUUUGGAUCCUAUUUUUUCGGCCAAGAAAUUCCUCAAGCUGUUAUGUUCGAAAAAUGCACAAAAUCAUUGUAUUUUGACAAUAUUUAUAAUUUGUGCUGAUUCUGAGGCCAAGAAUUAACUAUUAUUGACAGAUUUAUUCUAAAAACAAAGUAAAGUUUUUGAAAUAGGUAAAUUUAAGAACCAAGUUGUAGCAAUUUUGAAAUUUUACUAUAACAUUAAAUUUGAAGACCAUAAGUGAACCAUGUCCUUUAAAUGCAGGAAAUAAUGCAGGUUUGACAGUAUUAAUUAUAUUAUGACAGUAUGAUAAUCUAUUUAUCAAUAUUUGAGCAACUUUUUCACUUUUGUAAACAUUUGAAUUUAAAUGAGUAAAGUAAUGGUGCAUAAUCAAGUGGUAUUUAUUAGAUUAUUAAAUAAACUUGUACUAUGUUCUUAUUAUAAAAGAACAUUUAAUAACCCUGAAUUUGUAGGCCUAAAAUCCUAUGAAAUACUAAUGCCAGCUUUAAAUAUAAAGCCAUUUUUGUCAUUUCUCCUUAUGUUAAGGGGAGAUAAUAUGGAAAAUUUUAACAUUUUUAUGAAUUUUGUUAAAUAUCUGGUAAAGCUGAAUGAAAUUCAUUUAUGCUAUCAAAAAAUUCAAUCAUAUUAUUUGUUGUUGCUUGCAUUCAUAGGCACUAAAUAUGUGAUGUUUCCCAUCUAUUGUCAUUGUAGCAAACAUUUUUUGUUCUAGUUUUUCAACAAUUAAAAAUGUUAUGCAUAUCAUAGCUUUUAUAUAUUUGGCACCAAGAUUAAUAUUUAGAUCACUCAAAAUAAUGUUUACUGAAAAAAAUAG